UGGAUAUAUCUUCCUGCUCAAACAAAGUCUUUAGAGUCUUUAGAUCACAGAGUCUUUAGAUUGAUGUUUUUAUGUAUGUAAAAUAUAUAUUUCUACACAUGUUUCUCUAAAUAUAUAGAUGCGUGUGUGUGGGUUCUAGGUGUAGGUGAUGGAGGAGUAGGUGAUGGAGGUGGACAUUAUAGAGUUCAAAGCGCCGACGGAAAGCAACAAAGCUCUCUUCAUAUGGGACCUCCAGGCCGGCUACAGCCACGCCUACAUCUAUAGGGUGUUCUCUGCAUUCUCCUCCUUCGGACCCCUCUUCCUGGUCAAGGUGCUCCCCAACUCUCCCUCUGUGUCUCCUGGCUUCUACUCGCUGGUGAAGUUCUACUGCUCCAGACACGCCCUGCAGGCCCAGAGAUCUACUGAUGGAACCCUCCUGUUCCAGAGCACUCCUGUCAAGGUAAGACUCAGUACCCGACAGGCUCCCUUCCUCCAAUUUGACAACCAGCUGCUAAGCCACUCCCGCUGCCUGGAACUGGCCAAUCACUGCCUGGGCUUCAACGGCUGGUCCACACGCAUCAUUAAUCUGAAAGUGUUGCCUUCUGAUUCUCUGGAAGAGGGGCAGGGCCAUGAGGCCAAUGGGAGGAGCCAGGAGGUAAGUGGGAGGAGCCCGAAGGUCAGUGGGAGGAGCAAGACGACGCUGCGCUACAGGUGUUUACUGGAGCUGUCGUUUCCCCAACACGACGUUUCAUCAAGAGGAGUGGCCGUCAUAGAGGAGACCUUCUCCCUGUCUGGUACACACCUACAUAUUACACACCUGGUACACACCUGAUACACAUAGUACACC